CCUAGGUCUUGCCGAUCUGCCACGCUUAAAGUUUGAUCAGUACACGAAAAACAAAGUCCCUUUCAGAGGCUCUUUCUUCGGCCGGAGCUCCGUCGCGAUUCCUUGUCGUCCUCCGUCCUUUCACUUUCUCUCCAUUACCAUCUCUUCUUCGAUCGUAUAACUUGAUUUUUAUUUCUCAACAUAAUUCAAAUUCCUAUUCUUCGUCUCUCGGAGGGAGGAUUUUUCUUUUUGAUGGUUUUUUUGGCGGAUAAUUGUCCCGCUAGUUGAAGAUUUUCCCGCGUUGAGAUCUGGUUUUGGAUUCCUACAACGAUGCUGCACAAGAGCUUCAAGCCUGCAAAAUGCAAGACAUCGUUGAAGUUAGCGGUUUCGCGGAUUAAGCUUUUGAGGAAUAAGAAAGAAGUCCAGGUCAGGCAGCUGAGGGGAGAAUUGGCGAAGUUGCUCGAGGCUGGACAGGACCAGACUGCUAGAAUUCGGGUUGAACACGUUGUUAGAGAAGAGAAAUCAAAGGCAGCUUAUGAACUCAUUGAAAUAUUCUGUGAACUAAUUGUGGCACGCAUGCCAAUGAUCGAGUCCCAAAAAAAUUGCCCGAUAGACUUGAAGGAAGCAAUCGCGAGUGUUAUAUUUGCAUCGCCCAGAUGUGCGGAUAUUCCAGAGCUUAUGGAUGUUCGAAAACACUUCAAAGCAAAAUAUGGAAAAGAAUUCGUCUCAGCAGCAGUGGAGCUACGCCCAGAAUGUGGAGCGAAUCGCAUGUUGGUUGAAAAAAUGUCUGCUAAAGCACCAGAUGGACAGACCAAACUUAAAAUCUUGACUGCAAUUGCCGAGGAACAUAAAAUCAAAUGGGACCCCAAAACAUUUUGUGAUAGCAGCAACCCUCCAGCUGACUUGUUGAAUGGACCAAAUACUUUUGGACAAGCCAGUCAAAUACAGAGGGGGGAGCCUAUUGGUGGCCAACCCUCACUUGAUCACAAUAACAGGGGAUCUGCUAGUGUUCAAGUUCCAUCUAAAUCAGAUGAGGGGCAUCGAAUACCUGAAAAGUCCCCUGAGCACAAUUUGAGACCAACGCUUCAUUCCCAGAAAUCCAACUUUACUAAUGACUAUACCAAUCAAAGCAACAUCACUGGCCAUCGUAUUCCAGAAACAAGAUCUUCUGAAAUGAAUGCAGAGGGGACGCAUAGGCACACAAAUUCUGGUGAUCAGAAUAAUUACUCUUCAGGCAGGCAGCAUUGGAAUAUGGAUUUCAAGGAUGCUACAUCUGCGGCUAAGGCAGCUGCUGAAUCUGCAGAAUUAGCUAGCCUUGCUGCCCGAGCUGCUGCAGAACUUUCUAGUCGUGGAAACAUAUCCCAAUCGUCCUCUUCAGGGUUUCAAAAAUCUUCAUCUUAUAAUUUAAGGGCUGAAGGACCUCAAGAAUAUGCUAACUUAAAUUUGCAAGAUCAACAACUUCCUAAAGACCAAGUUGUCAGUGCCCCUCAUAGAAGUUCUAUCAUGGAUGAUAAUAGGAGAGAGAAUGAUGCAAGAAGAUUUAUGGGGGACGAUGACAAGAAGUUACGUUAUCCGUCUUCGGGUGCUAGUAAUAUUGAUGCUAACGCAUCUGGAACUAAUUUCAAUGCAUCAGAUAGAUACUCUUUCAAGAAUUCAUCCGAAUCUGGGUUUAACGACUCUCUUGGUAGUAGUGCAAGUGUGGAGAAACAACCCAGAAAAUUUGAUGCUAGCACAUCUGUAAAUAAUUUCAAUGCAUCAGAUAGAUACUCUUUCAAGAAUUCAUCCGAACCUGGGUUUAGCGACUCUCUUCAUAGUGCAACUGUGGAGAAACAACCCAAAGACUAUGAUUCUAACACAUAUGUAACUAAUUUCAAUGCAUCAGAUAGAUACUCUUUCAAGAAUUCAUCUGAACCUGGGUUUGGUGACUCCCAUAGUAGUGCCAGUAUGGAGAAACAACCCAGAAACUUUGAUGUAGAAUAUGUUAGUGAUCGGCCAUCUGGUACAGGUUCUGAAAGAACUAGUUACUAUGAGGAUGUGAGGAUUGGAAAUGAUUCAAAUAGAGUGCCUUCCUACGAGAAGCCAAUGAUGGAUACUUAUGACAACCCUUUUGCCAUGGAUAAACCUAAUGAUAGUGAGACUGUUGAUACAAGUUUUAAUGAUCAUGCCAGUGUGGUCUUUGAUGAUUAUGGUCCAGAUGAUGAUUAUGUCCCAGACUAUGAUUACCAGAUAAGAGAAUCUAUUCUGGAGCUUUCAUCCCCUGAGGGAACGGUGCCGAUAAACUCAUCAGCGACAGAUGAUACUUGGAUCUUCAAGCAAAACAAGAAUGAUCCUCCUGAGAAGUCUGUUUCACACUCGCAAAUUUCUGAUGAGCGUACUUCUUUGUUUGCUGGAAAUUCAAGAAGUUUUGAAGAUCCUUCCCAUUCUGAUGACUUGUUGCCGGCAACUUUUGACCAUUCAGAUGGACCUAGUUCUGAAAGUGAGGAAGAGGUGAAAGAAUCUGGGAUCAUUGGUAAAGAAGACUCUAUCGAAUUUUCUAAGAAACAGAAUUUGUACUCUGAAAAACCAGAAUGGAUUCAGGACAUUAGCCAUGUAUCAUUGGGAUCUUCAGAUGAGGAGAACAAAAGCAUGCCAUCUCAUCGCCUCUCUUCCGACAUUCCCCUUGUCCAUGGAUCCAAGGAGAAAGCCAGCCCACCAAGCUCUCCUGAUAUCAUACAAGAUACUAAAAUACUAGAAGAAUCAACUUCAGAAGUCUACAGUCCCUUGAGUUUUGGGAAACUGAAGGGUGGCCUAAGAAAUCAAAAGAGUAAUAGGCCUCCAUAUGCAAUCAAUUCAUCAACAAGUGAUUUACCAUCCAAACAAACAUGUGGAAACGAUGACGCAAGAACUGAGCAGUCUACCUCAAUUCCUUCUUCUACAGCUAGGACUUCGUUUAGAUCAAAUGCUUCCAGUGAAGGGACAUAUGGUAGAAGUGUAGAAGAAAAACCAGAUGAAGAGAAGGGCUCACAGGCCAAGCUUAAUAGCAAUUAUUCCAAUCUUGAAGAGUCUAAGGACAGGUCCUCUGAUUAUACUCUUAGAAGCGAUGAAGAGUCAUACAGUGACAAAAUGCGCAAUGAAAUAUCUAAGAAGCCAAUCCCAACAAGAGUUGCAGUUAAGUAUCCUGGUUUCCACGAUGAUGAUGAUUCUGAGGAAGAUUCACAUACACAAAAUGUGAAAAAUAGUCCUCAUCGACUUAUUGGACUUUCUAGACGGACCACAGCAUCUCCUAAAACUCCGAGUUCGUAUGUGGAGGACUCAUAUGGGACACCCACGAGUCAUGACGACGUAACCGAGCAGAAAGCUUCAAGGAGUUACUAUUCAUCCCCAGCUCCAUUGAAGGCGAAGACUGGAACAAGAACCUCCAGUCGCUUAGAAAGUUCAGAGCAGCCCCAAUCAUCUAAACCUUUCAAGCAAACUCCUGAAACUAAGAUGCCCUUGAAUGAGGAAAGGUUGAAAUCUUCUGCAAAGGAACAGCAAUCCAAUUAUCCUCCAGAGUUAGAUAGGCAAGGAAAUUCUGAGAGUUCAAAGUUUUCUUCUGCAAGGGAGACGACUACAGCUUCAGUGAAGACUUGGGCUCAAACAAGAAACUCUCAUUACUUGGCAAACUCUGAGCAGCCGACUCAAUCGACGAAACCUUCCAAACCAAUUCCUGAAAGUAAAAGGUCUUUCCAUGAAGAAAGAUUAACAUCUUCUACAAAGGAACUACCAUCCAAUCCUUCCCCGGAAGUAGAAACACAAGGCGACUCCGAGAGUUCAAAAAGGGAGAAGAUGAAAGCAGUUCAGAAAGCUAGUCAUGUUCACCCAAAGCUUCCUGAUUACGACGACUUUGCAGCACACUUCCGUUCACUCCGACAGAAUUACAAGUAAAUCCAGUUCCUUAGCAUUGAUUAUACAUGCACAUACUUAUUUUUUUAUUUAUUAUUUCAAAUUGGCCAUGGUUUUUUUGUUAUAUAGUUCUUGUUCAUGCGUCAUACCUCUGAAGGAUACAUUAGGUGAGCAGUUUAAUGUAUACUAUUUUCUCACACUUUGACUAAUGUUUUUUAGUUUGAGUUCAUAACAAGAGUUAUAUUUUCUCUCAUAUUUAAUCGUUUA